CCAAUGAGGACAGAAUUCAAUGCUAUCAUAAUAGCCAUUUUCAUCCAUAUCACCUCCUCAAUGGGAACCCCGAAAAAAAUUGUUUAUACAGACAGUUGCAUAAUAUCUGCCAUAAAUCCGCCAUCCUGCAUACUGGCCUUCCACAACGGACGUAAAUAAGUCUACAAAUAAUCAAAUACCUUGGCAUUUGAUGUGUAGAGAAACUGUUCGAGAGUUUUCGAACAGAAAUAUGGAAGUGACUGGGAAAAUUCUGUUGGCUCUGAUAUUUGCAUUGUAUGGGAUUUGUCAAGUACAGUAUGUUUCUAGUACAAAUGUCACUUAUGAUCACAGAGCUGUAGUGAUCAACGGGCAAAGAAGAGUUUUGGUUUCUGGGUCUAUUCAUUACCCUCGAAGCACACCAGAUAUGUGGCCUGAUCUUAUUCAGAAGGCCAAGGAAGGAGGUGUGGAUGUCAUUGAGACUUAUGUGUUUUGGAAUAUCCACGAGCCCCAGCAAAAUAAGUCCAACUUUAAGGGAAGAUUUGAUCUGGUGAAGUUCAUAAAAACGAUUCAACGGGCUGGACUCUAUGCCCAUCUUCGCAUUGGUCCAUAUGCAUGUGCAGAAUGGAAUUAUGGAGGUUUCCCAGUUUGGUUGCACUUUAUUCCCGGAAUCAAGUUCCGAACUGAUAAUGAACCAUUCAAGAUGGAGAUGGAACGUUUCACCAGAAAGAUUGUAGAGAUGAUGAAGCAGGAAAAUCUCUUUGCUCCUCAAGGAGGACCUAUUAUCCUAGCUCAGAUAGAGAAUGAGUAUGGAAACAUUGAUGAACCAUAUGGAGAAGCAGGUAAGCGGUACAUCAAAUGGGCAGCAUCUAUGGCUGUUAGUCUAAAAACAGGAGUUCCUUGGGUGAUGUGUAAACAAGCUGAUGCUCCUCCUAUUGUUAUAGACACAUGGAAUGGUUUCUACGGUGAUCAGUUUACCCCAGAAUUUCCCACAAGUCCUAAAAUAUGGACAGAAAACUGGAGUGGCUGGUUUCUAGCAUAUGGGGAUCCGGUGCCCUCUAGGCCUGCAGAAGACCUAGCUUUUGCUGUUGCACGCUGGUACCAGAGAGGGGGUACAUUUCAGAAUUAUUAUAUGUAUCAUGGAGGGACCAACUUUGGCCGCACAUCAGGAGGCCCUUUUAUUGCUACAAGCUAUGAUUAUGAUGCUCCUAUUGAUGAAUAUGGACUUCCGAAUCAACCUAAAUGGGGGCACCUUAAGGAGCUUCACUCGGCUAUUAAACUUUGUGAAGGUGCUCUGAUAAAUUCAGAGCCCCAGUUCGUUUCACUUGGUCCUAAGCAAGAGGGACAUGUUUACUCAGAUGGCCCAAACAUAUGUGCAGCAUUUCUUGCAAAUAUGGACUCUCAAAAUGAUACAACUGUGAAGUUCAAUGGUGUCUCCUAUCAUUUGCCAGCUUGGUCUGUCAGCAUUCUUCCAGAUUGCAAGAAUGUCGUUUUUAAUACAGCACAGGUUAGCUCCCAGACAACAUCUGUACAAAUGCAGCUUGCAAGUUCCAAGUUGGUACAUUCUAGUUCCAAGGAAAGAUCAUAUUUGGAAAUGGAAGAGAAAGAAUGGAGUUGGCUCCCUGAGCCAAUAGGAGUUUGGGGAAAGGGUGCAUUCUCCAAGCAUGGAUUAGUGGAGCAAAUAAAUACAGUUGGAGAUUCUAGUGACUACUUAUGGUACACGACAAUUAUUGAUGUUGAUGAUGAUGAAGCAUUUCUUAAGGACCGUACUCAGCCAGUUCUUCAUGUAGAGUCUAGGGGAGAUGAUUUGCGCGUUUUUAUCAAUGGAAAGUAUAAAGGAGGCAAAUCAGGGAAUAAUAGCUUGCCGAAUAUCACGCUGGACCAGCCUAUUUCAUUGAAGAGUGGAAGGAAUCGCAUUCAACUUUUAAGUGUGACGGUUGGACUGCAGAACUAUGGGUCAUUUUUUGAUCUAAGGGGUGCAGGAAUCACUGGGCCUGUUAAAUUGAUGGGCUUCAAACACGGGGAAAAAGAUUUGUCCUCACAAACCUGGAUAUAUCAGAUUGGAUUGAAAGGCGAAAAGUACCGAUUUUAUAAUGGUAAGACUACAGCUAAAGCACGAUGGGCUACAGGAGCACAUAUGCCCAAGAAACAACCUAUGAUAUGGUACAAGACCAGUUUUGAUGCUCCAGAAGGUAAUGAUCCUGUUGCAUUGGACAUGUCUUCGAUGGGCAAGGGAGUUGCUUGGGUCAAUGGACAGAGUAUUGGACGUUAUUGGCCCACCAAACUUGCUCCUAACACUGGGUGUGAUGAAACCUGCGACUAUCGAGGAAAUUACGGUCCAGAUAAAUGUUUAAGAAACUGUGGCAAACCAUCACAAACACUAUAUCAUGUUCCUCGUUCAUGGAUUCGGCCAACUGGUAACAUACUCGUGCUCUUCGAAGAGGAAGGUGGGGAUCCUCAUCAAAUCUCAUUUAAGACACGUACUGUAAAGAAUUUGUGUGCUCAGGUAUCACAGACACAUCUUCCGCCGGUGGAUUCAUGGAAAUCAAGUUUAAAGACUAGAGCGGAGGGGAUUAAACCUAAGCCCGAGCUUCAACUGAAAUGUCCAUCAUCUGGGCAAGUCGUCUCGUCAAUCAAAUUUGCUAGCUUUGGAACACCCGAAGGGAAAUGCGGGAGUUUCACACAUGGUGCUUGCAAGACCAAUUCUGCAAUUCCCAUUAUACAUCAGGCAUGCGUUGGACGUGCAAGUUGCUCUGUGGAAGUUUCUGAAGAGAAAUUUGGAGAUCCUUGUAUGGGCAUCACUAAGACAUUGGCAGUGGAAGCUAUCUGCAGCUGAUUGCAUUUUGUACUUCGAAUUCUCUUCACAAUGUCAAUAUCAGUUGACAAUGGAAAAUCCCAAAAACAAAUAAAUAAACAUUGUGAAGUAUGGAAUCUUGGGCCUGUGUAAGAUGUAUCUUCUACAAGAGAAUCAAUAAAAGCCUACCUUGGUUCUCCUAAACAUGAUGCCUUGGAAUAUGUUUUAAAUGUCACAAAAUUUUAAAUAAAUUAUUGUCAUCUGGGCUAUAAGUUA